CUUGAAGGCAGUAGCGAGCUAGACAUUACCACGGGUUGUGGUUGCGGGGAUAGCUGCAGAUGGGGUUUUCUGUCCGAUUAAUCUGCAUUCGUUUAAUUGAUACAUAGUGUUAACAAAGCAGCAACAACAACAACAACAACAACAUAUAUAUUUAAAAAAAUGGCUGGGGCAAUUAUUGAAAACAUGAGCACGAAGAAGUUAGUCAUUGUUGGAGUUAUUUUAGUCAUCUUUCAAGUGUUCUCAUUUCUUGUUGGAGGUUUGAUUGCUCCAAGUCCAACCUCUGCAGUUCACUACCUGGCAAUGAAGUGCGUUGAUGUCCGAAAACACCACCAGAAUUCAACGUGGUUUAUGCCCUGGGGUCCCAACCAGUGUGAAAAGAUCCGCGAUUUCGACGAGGCCAUGAUCAAAAAGAUUGAAGCCAAUGAAAUCGUGUUUGCGGUCCACAUCCCUCUGCCCAACAAUGAGAUGAGCCCCUGGUUCCAGUUCAUGCUGUUUAUCCUGCAGUUUGACAUUGCCUUCAAGAUGGGCAACCAGAUAGAAGAGGGAGCUGUGGUGACAAUUGAUGUGUCGCUGGCUUACAGGGAUGACACCUUCAGCAAAUGGACGGAAAUGGCACAUUCUAUAGAGCAACGGAAACUGAGCUGCAACUUUUCAACUCCCAAGACCCAUGAAUACGAGGGCCGGCAUUAUGAAUGUGACCUCUUGCCUUUCAUGGAAUUGGGAAGCGUUGCACACAAAUAUUACCUCAUCAACAUGCGUCUACCAGUGAACGAGAGGAAGAAAAUUAAUGUUGGCAUUGGAGAAAUUAAGGACAUCCGUCUCGUGGGUAUCCACCAGAAUGGAGGGUUCACUAAGGUAUGGUUCUCCGUGAAGACCUUCCUCACUCCGAGCAUCCUCAUCAUCAUGAUCUGGUACUGGAGGCGAAUUACGUUGAUGACACGGCCGCCGGUCCUGCUUGAGAAGGUCAUCUUUGCACUUGGGAUUUCCAUGACCUUCAUUAACAUCCCAGUAGAGUGGUUUUCUGUUGGGUUUAAUUGGACGUGGAUGCUGUUGUUUGGGGAUAUCCGCCAGGGGAUCUUCUACGCUAUGCUGCUGUCCUUCUGGAUCAUCUUCUGUGGGGAGCAUUUGAUGGAUCAAACUGAAAGGAACCGUUUCGGCGUUUACUGGAAGCAAGUUGGGCCUAUUGUCUUCGGAUCCUUCUGCCUCUUUAUUUUUGACAUGUGUGAAAGGGGAGUCCAGCUGAAGAACCCAUUCUACAGUAUCUGGGCAUCGGACCUGGGCACUGAAUUGGCUAUGGCUUUCAUCAUUGUGGCGGGAAUCUGUGCCUGUCUGUACUUCCUGUUCCUGUGUUUCAUGGUGUUUCAGGUGUUCAGGAACAUCAGUGGAAAGAGGACCUCUCUGCCGGCCAUGUCCAAGGCUAGACGCCUUCACUAUGAGGUGACCAUCAGUAACAUGUCAAUUUCAGAGGGGUGCUUGUUUAGAAGUGUGAGGAACGUUCAGGGUCUGAUUUUCAGGUUCAAGUUUCUGAUGCUGAUCACUCUUGCUUGCGCUGCCUUGACUGUCAUCUUCUUUAUCAUUAGCCAGGUGAAUGAGGGCCAUUGGCACUGGGCAGGCUACACUGUCCAAGUGAACAGUGCUUUCUUCACAGGGAUCUAUGGCAUGUGGAACCUCUAUGUCUUUGCAAUCAUGUUUCUCUACGCACCUUCAUAUAAGCGCUAUGGGGAUGAUCAGUCAAAUGCAGGUGAUCUAGGAGUGAACAGCGGAGAGGAAAUCCAGCUGACGACCACCAUCACGCACGUGGACGGGCCCACAGAAAUCUACAGGAUGACGGGAAAGGAGUCCCAAGAAUAACCCCAAUAACACAGCCUUCAUUCACUCCGUGAAUCUGAAGGUAGAGCACCUGUGCACAUGGAACGCUGAGGAGUGGAUUCCAAUUCAAGUUGUACCAAGAAAUGUUCAUUACCAAGUUUCAUUGCAAUAUAAUUAAUAUUAUAUAUGGGCAACGCCACUGUUUAUCUGUCCAUGUUUGCACUUGUUUAUACUCUUCACUUCCAUACUUUUUUUGUGGUGCCAGUUACCAGGCAGUGAUUGAAAGCUGCUCUAGAUGCUGUAAUAGUAUUCAGAAGAAAAGGGAAAGGAGUUGAAUGAGAUGUAGUAUCUUUUUAAAUACAUUCACUAUUAAUGGCUCUUGGAUUUCUAAACAUUAACCUGUUAUAGUCAUUCAGUUAUAUUCUAUGACACAAUAUAUCUUAAAAUAACCACUUGAAAAGCCCCCCACCUCCCAUAUGUUACAGUGGGGGGGAAAUGUUUUCUUCUCUAUUUAAUUGCCAAAACUAGCUACAAAAUAUUUUAGUACACUGGUGAUCUGCUGUGUCCACACUUCAUCUUUGAAGAGUCAGUUCUAUUAAAUGCUAAAGCUUCUGAACUUGUCAUCCUGUUCUCUGUAGUCCACUAAGAGUUCAGUAUGAUGUAGAUAUUUUAAUACAGUUCCCCUUUGUAAGAGUAGGGGAGAUGAUCGUAUCUAGAUGCAUCACAGGCUACAAUUUUUUUUUUUUUUUUUUUUGUGAGAUGGGGGGGGGGGGGGGGCUGUUUUGUUGGCACAAGCAGUGUUAUCUUUUUACAUUUAUUACACAUGGAAAUGUAGAUGUGCUUUUUUAUGCUAAUUUAAAUAAAAUACUGUAAUCCUUUUGCUUUUUA